AUGACCUUCCCUGCUGACAGCAAGCAGCCCAAACUCUCCGUCGUUUUCUGGCCUCCCCCCUCCUCUCCCUCCUCCUCUCCGUCCUCCACUCCCUCCACCUCACACGCCACCUCACUACCCACGCCUGCCGCCCUGCCAGUUGACGAGCCGGGUGUCGAGUCAGUAGAGAUGACUGCCAGUGACGGCACACGCUAUCGCUGCAUCCUCCCACCGCCUGCGCUCUCCUCCCCACCCUCGCCUGCUGCUGGCGCGGAGGGGUCGGGGGGGAAGGGCGGGGCAGCAGGAGUGGCGUUUGGGGAGAGCCGGAAGAGUCCAGAGGACCUGCUAGAUGCUAUGAAGGGGCUGCCAUGCUUCUAUAGGCAAGAUGGAUGGUGGACAUACGAGUUCUGCUACAAGAAGCACAUUCGCCAGAUGCAUAUUGAACAGCAGGAUGGGGAGAACAAGGUGACGAUGGACUUUGUGCUGGGGCGCUACAGCGCGAGGGAGUCACUACGCGCUCAGAGGAGGCUAGUGGCAACCGCUGCUGCUGGUGGUGGCGAUGGAGGGAAGAGGUACCACGUGCAUGUAUACACCAACGGCACAGCCUGCGACCUCACUGGCGCUGGCCGCCGCACUGAGGUGCAGCAUGUGUGUGAGGAGGGCGCACAGACGUUCAUGGGGACUAUCAAGGAGGGCCCCACGUGUGAAUAUGAACUCGCUCUGCACACCAACCUGCUCUGCUCACACCCCCUCUUCCGCACGGUGCGGCAGCCCAUCCACUUCAUUAACUGCCACCAGUUCCCUGCCGCCUCCUCCUCCUCCUCCCCCUCCCCCUCCUCUACUUCCUCUGCUGAGUCUGCCCUUGAAACCCCUCCUCUUGAGGAGAUAAAGAGGGGGGCUGGCGAGGGAGAGAACCAGGGCGAGGUGGAGGAGGAAGGGGAUGCAGAGGGGGAGGGGAAUAAGGGGGAGGGAGUGGAGGGUGGUGGUGGUGGUGUGGUGGAGGGGGAGGAGGAUGGGGUGCUGUCGUUUGUGUACGAGGGGGAGGAGGAUGAGGAGCUGAUUGAGGUGGAUCAAGAGGGGGAGGAGGACGAGGAGUUGAUCGAGGUGGAUCCAGAGGUGGAGGAGAUAGAGGAGAGCCUCAGCGCCUUGUGA